UUUUAGUGUGUUUAGCGUCAGCGUUUUGUACUGUCUGUUUUUCACAGGGCAUAUUUGCUUGUCCUGUUUGUUGUUGGGUGCAUAUUUGUCAUAUAUUUAAAAAAAAAAAGUAAGGUAACAGCCUUAAUCUAGUCACUUUACUCAGUUAUUAUAAAGCUAAACUAGCCCUCUAUUAACAUUAGCCAAAAUGGGCAGAAUAAAAAAAUCAAACCAUUUUGUUCCUCGCAAAAAAUACUCAAUAUGAAAGCAAAAAGUGGUAAAUUUAUCCAUCUAAAUUCUGUGUUGCCAAAAUGGGGAAUUUGAAAUGAAAAAGUUUGCGAACCAUCUACAGUAGAUAUCGAAUUCAAGUGAUGCGUUCAGGGACAGUCUGAAAUUGCACUUUUUCUUCAUAUAACUAGCGUUCCUUCUUCUGUCUGUCCAUCCAUGGAAACAUGCAAGUCAUGUGUCACCUCCAGGGACAGUCUGAAAUCACAUCUUUUCCUGACAUUAUCUGCAUUCUACAGUCUCGUCCAUCAAAGUCAGGUGUUGUCUUAAAAAAUUAAAUGACAUCAUUUUCUCUCACGACUGUCUGUCUCUCCGUCGAUCACCUGGUCCGUCUCGGUGUGGGACGGCUGAGAAGAAGGAGGGGAGGGUUGUGGGGGUGUAGGGGGUGCGUGUGGGUGUUCCAGGAGGAGAUUUUAAGAUUGAGCCACAUCCAUCCUUCAGUCUUGUCUCACUCGGAAAGCGGACCACCUCACCAUCAUCAUUUUAUACCUCUUCAUCAAGAUGCAAUGCACAUCCUCACUCGGUUAUUGUGCGUCACCUUACUGGAGUAGAACAGUGCUGUUUCCCGACUGGGCCUACAAGCCGGCGUGGUCGCCGGGCUCUCGUCAGGUGCAGCUGUGGCACUUCCUGCUGGAGCUGCUGGGCGGCAGCGGCGGCCAGAGCGACACCAUCGGCUGGGGUGGCGAGUGGGGCGAGUUCGUCAUCCACAACCCCGAGCGGCUGGCCCGGCUGUGGGGUGAGAGGAAGGGAAAGCCACACAUGAACUAUGACAAGCUGAGUCGGGCUCUAAGAAAUACGUGCGGCGUCACGGUGAAAAUGAAUCAAAUCAUCAUGACUGUGCUGUAUGAUGCCAUAUGUAGAUAUUACUACAACAAGCGCAUCCUGCACAAGACCAAAGGCAAGCGAUUCACGUACAAGUUCAACUUCAGCAAACUCGUCUUGGUCAACUUCCACCUGCCGCCAUCUUGUCACUGUCUGCCACCGUCGUGCCAUCAGAUGCUGCCAAGCCGCCCUCUUGGCUUUGCUGUCCUCCCCAGCGAGAGCGGUCUUCCGAUGCAGGCAUCCCGGCUUCACCUGCCACCAUGCUGCCUUCCUCAUCAUCCUUAUACUCCUCCAUUUGUCCCACAGCCACCUCUUAUCCAGAACCCCUCACCAUUCAUCACUUGGCGGGACCACCUCAGUCGUCUGAGGCUCGGGAAGCAAACUUCACGAGAGGAGGGAGGGCUUUGACACGAGCACCAUAAAGUUGUACUGAAUUAUUUUUGUAGAUUUAUCACCUUUCUUCCUCCUGCAGUAAGGAGAUUGCACUCACAACGUGGCGAGCUCGUGCGUGCGUGCGUGCGUGUGUGUGUGUGUGUGUGUGUGUGUGUAUG